AUGUACAGGUUUCCGGGAGUUGCCCUCAUUACUGGUGCGGGAGGAACUGGCAUUGGCUCCGCCGUUGCCAAAGGCUUCGCGCGAUCCGGAUGUUCGAGAAUUGCUAUUACCGACCUGAACAAAAAGUCGCUAGCAGACACACGGGAAGCAAUUGGUCAAAUUGAUCCCGAAACCCAGGUGAUGAGUCAAGAAGGAGAUAUCUCAGAUGAAGGCUUUGUCAACACUUUCGUGGAAAAAGCUAAUGAGAGAUUCGGUCGUAUCGAUUACUCUAUCAGUUGCGCCGGGAUUCUAGGAGAAUCAUUGCGGUCACACGAAACAUCAACGACCGCUUUCGACCGCAUCACAAAUGUCAACUAUAAGGGUAGCUGGCUGGUGUCUCGUGCUGUUUUACGCAACAUGUUAAGCCAGAAGCCGUAUGAGGAGCAUCCGGGCCAGCGAGGAGCUAUUGUCAACAUUGCUAGUCAACUCGGUAUCGUUGCACGGCCAGCGGCUGCGCCAUAUUGCGCGUCUAAAGCUGCAAUCAUCAAUAUGACUCGAUCAGAUGCUAUAGAUUAUUCUCGGGAUGGAAUCAGGGUUAAUUGCGUUUGUCCGGGCAUGAUUGCCACGCCAAUGACAACCGCAUCCCAAGAACUGAUUCAGAGACUGAAACCUGCCAUCGAUAUUGCACCCAUGAGGCGGAUGGGAAAGCCCGAAGAAGUGGCAGACGCAGUGCUAUUUUUAUGUUCCAGUCAAUCCUCGUUUAUUCAAGGGCAUGCAUUGGUGGUUGACGGGGGAUACACUAUCAAUUAG